AUGAAGCAACCCACAGACGUGGCUGGAGUCAGGAGAAUCCUCGGAACAGUUAAUUAUCUUGCCAAGUUCCUUCCCCACCUCUCACAAGUAUCUGAACCACUACGACAACUCACAAAAAAGAACCAGCCUUUCGAUUGGGACAAAUCGCAUGACGCCGCUUUCACCCAAAUAAAGAAAUUGAUCACAGAGCGUACCGCCAGUCCUCAAGUACUACGAGUCGACCAAACCCCUGAUAAUACAGUGUGACGCUAGCGACCACGGCCUGGGGGCCGCACUCAUUCAAGAGGGAAAGCCUGUCGCAUUUGCCAGCCGAGCAUUGACGCACGCGGAGAAACAAUACGCUCAGAUAGAAAAGGAACUGUUAGCUAUAGUUUAUGGAACCGAGCGUUUUCACCAGUAUACAUAUGGCCAACCAGUCACAGUAGAAUCAGACCACAAGCCGCUCGAAGUCAUUCAUCAGAAACCUCUGUCAGCAGCACCUAGACGUCUUCAAAAGAUGAUGAUGAGAUUACACCAAUAUGACUUAACCAUCGUUUAUAAGAAAGGGACGGAGAUGCUGCUAGCUGACACACUCAGUCGUCACCAUUUAGACAACUCCACCGACGAAGCACGCAGCGUCGACAACGAUCUCGACCAAGUGGACAGUUUGGAAGAAAUCAACGAAAUACUAAAUU